AUGGCCAACCAAACAGGAAAAAACUCGGUCGCUAUCGAGCGUCUCACACAAGUCACAACUCACCUCAAGUCAUCAGAGGUCGAUCUGGCCCCGAACCGCGAUCACAUCCUCAAGAAGAGCCCGGAUGACAUUGUCGUGACGGCAUGUCUGCGCACACCCUUGACCAAGGGAGGCAAAGGAGGCUUCAAGGACACACCCGCCGCCGACCUUCUCCACGGAGCUUUCAAAGCCCUGAUUGAGCGCUCGAAGAUCGAUCCUUCGCUGGUCGAGGAUAUCGCCGUCGGUAGUGUACUGCCUCCUGGAGGCGGUGCCACCGAGUUCCGUGCUGCCGCUCUCGCUGCCGGCUUCCCUGACAGCACUGCUGUGCACUCGUUGAACCGUCAGUGCAGUUCUGGCCUGCAGGCCUGUGUCGAGAUUGCCAAUGCCAUCAAGACCGGUAUGAUCGAGGUUGGCAUCGGUGCUGGUGUGGAGAGCAUGAGCAGUCAGUAUGGCCCUGGAGCUGUUACCGAGUUCUCGGAGCUGCUCGAGAACCACAAGGAGGCCGCAAACUGCAAGGUUCCCAUGGGAGUUCUUUCCGAGCAAAUGGCCAAAGACCGCGACGUCACCCGCAAGGCCCAAGACGAGUUCGCCGCAUCCUCGUAUGCCAAAGCUACCGAGGCACAGAAGAAGGGUCUAUUCGACGAGGAGAUUGCUCCCAUCAAGGUCAAGUGGACCGACCCCAAGACCGACGAGACCAAGGAGAUCACCGUGAGCAAGGACGAUGGAGUCAGAGAGGGUGUGACAGCCGAAUCUCUAGGCAAGAUCCGUCCUGCCUUUGCAAAGGAUGGCUCCAUCCACGGUGGCAACGCUUCUCAGAUUUCUGACGGCGCUGCUGCUGUGCUGCUGAUGAAGCGCUCGACGGCCGAGAAGCUGGGCCAGCAGAUCCUCGGCAAGUACGUCACAGCAUCCGUCGUCGGUGUGCCUCCAUUGCUCAUGGGCAUCGGACCCUGGAAGGCCAUUCCCGUUGCUCUGGAGAAGGCCGGCAUCUCAAAGGAGGAUGUUGAUAUUUGGGAGAUCAACGAGGCCUUUGCUUCGCAGUGUCUGUGGUGUGCCAAGGAGCUGCAGAUCCCCAUGGAGAAGAUCAACCCCAAGGGCGGUGCCAUUGCAUUCGGUCACCCUCUCGGCUGCACCGGUGCCAGACAGGUCAGCACUCUUCUCUACGAAUUGAGACGAAGAGGCGAGAAGAUCGGAGUGUCUAGCAUGUGUGUAGGAACGGGUAUGGGGAUGGCCGCCGUCUGGGUCGCCGAGUAG